AUGUAGUGAAAAGAAUAUGAAAUUCUGGAAUUAAAAGAACUUAGAAUGAGUACUAGACCCUGCACUACCAGUCGUUUGACCUUGAGUCCAGAAAAUCAGCCCUGUCCUACAUGAUACUUGUGAAAGGCUCAUAAGGAUAAAUGAGGCACUCAAUAUCUUUGUUGAAUAAGGUCCUUACUGGAAGGCAGCAUGUCCAAUUUUGCCUUGAAAAAGACGUCUCCCACAGGAAAUGAUAUGAAGAGUUCCACUCAGAGGGCCAGACUGAGGCAACAAGGGUUUCACGACGUGAACAAAAGAAGACCUUUCUUACAGGAUAAUAGCUGGAUAAAGAAACGUCCUGAAGAAGAAAAAGACGAAAAUUAUGGUAGGGUGGUGCUCAGCAGACACAAUUCCCAUGAUGCCUUGGACAGGAAAAUACAUGAGAGACAAGAGCCAAAAGCUACAAUUAGUCGGUAUAGAUCUGAUGACACUUUGGACAGGAUCUCAGACAGAAAUGAUGCUGCUAAAGUGUAUAAGGCCAAUACCUUGGAUAACCGACUAACCAAUAGGAACAUGUCUACAUUUAGAUCACCAGAAGCCACAAAGUCGCAACCUGGUGGUUUGUUGAGUGUGAACACUUCUAAUACCACAGCUUCCACCUCUGCAACUACCCCUGUAAAGAAAAAGAGACAGUCCUGGUUUCCGCCACCCCCUCCGGGUUAUAAUGCCACCCCGAGCACAGGUGCUAGCAGAAGGGAACCAGCUUUUCACCCUCCGAUACCUCCAAAGCCCAGUUCUCCUGUUUCUUCUCCUAACCACCUGAGACAGGAUAAUAGGCAGAUAUGUCCACCAAAACCAGGUGUAUAUACAGAAACCAACAGAUCUGCUGAAAGAAACAUCAGGAGUCAGGAUCUUGACAACAUCGUCAGAGUGGCCACUUCACUUCAGAAAACUGACAAGGGUGAAGAAUUGGAUAAUCUCAUCGAAAUGAACAAAAGCUUGAAUAGAAAUCAAGGUCUUGACGGUAUCUUCAGAGCAAAUCUGAAGGCAGAGGAAACAGCGAAAAGAGCCAAAAGCCUUGAAAGCCUCAUCUAUGUGAAUACCCGGACAGACAAAGAUGGCAAAGAAACCCAAGGUCUUGGAAGUCUUAUUAAAGUUAAUCAAAGGACUGACAAAAAUGAGAAGGGAAGCCAAGAUCUCGAAUCUGUUAUCAAAGUGAAUGCCAGGACAGACAAAACCAGCAGAAGAGGUGAAGACCUUGAUAAUGUUAUCAAAGUGAAUCAGAAAGGAAAUGAAAAUACCACUGGAAAACAAGACCUCGAUGGACUUCUUAAAGUGAAUCCUGAAACAAAUAAAAAUAUGAGGAGGGGGCAAAGCGUUGACAAUCUCAUCAAAGUGACACCGGAGGUGAAUAGAAGUAACCAAGGUGCAAAAGACCUUAAUAACCUCAUCAAAGUGAAUCCAAGAACAGAAAAAAGUAUGCAAGGGAACCAAAGUCUUGAAAGCCUCAACAAGGUAGCUCCUGAAACAAGCAGAACUAACCAAGGGAACCAAGACCUGGACAAUCUUAUCAAAGUGAUUCCCCCAGAAAACAAAAGCAGUGAACAAGGUCUUGAUGAACAUAUUAAACUAAGCCCCAAAGCUGUCAAAAAGUCGUCUGGAAACCAAGAUCUUGAUAAGCUCAUCAGAGUGAAUCCUGAAAUUCUCACAAACAACCAAAGAAACCAAGAUCUUGAUAACCUCAUCAAAGUGAAUCCUGCAGUAAUCAAAAACAAUCAGAGCCAAGGCUUGGACAAUCUUAUUAAAGUGAAACCUUCAGCUCUCAGAAGCACUAAUCGAGACCAGGACCUGGACAAUUUGAUUAAAGUAAAUUCUCAUGUGUCUGAAAAUAAGAAUGAAAGGCCAGAUGGCCACGUCAAUGGAUUCACUAGCGCUCUUCACAACCAGUCCACAAGAGCUUCUGCCUAUUCUUAUGAAGCCAGGAACAACCUCAGCUCUAAUGCCGGAAUCAGGCAUGCAGGACCAAAGGAUACUGUUGUAUACACAAGGACUUACGUGGAGAAUAGUAAAUCACCAAAGGAUAGAUAUCAGGAGAAUAUCUCUGGAAAAUACAUACAAACUGUUUAUUCAACUUCAGAUAGGUCUGUCAUUGAAAGAGAUAUGUGCACUUAUUGCCGAAAACCCUUGGGUGUAGAAACUAAAAUGAUUUUAGAUGAAUUACAAAUUUGCUGCCAUUCUACUUGCUUUAAGUGUGAAAUAUGCAAGCAGCCUUUGGAAAAUCUACAAGCAGGUGACAGUAUUUGGAUUUAUAGGCAGACAAUACACUGUGAACCUUGCUACUCUAAAGUGAUGGCAAAAUGGAUCCAAUAACUCUGGCACAUGGAAAUCAAUAUGAAAAGCAUUCGUUGAAAAAUUAAAAGUUUUAUUUUAAGAAUAUGUAAUCUAGAAAAGCUUUUACAUUGAAGAUCAACUUGUAUAAAAUUAAUUCCGCCAUUGCAAAAAUAAUCUCAUUGCCUUCUAUAAGGUGGUACACAUAAAAAGAACCAUCUGGUAUCUGGCUAGAUUUAGCUAUAAAAAGUUCAUAUGGUUCCAGUUACUAGUGUCAAAGGAAUGAUGCGCCUGACAGGCAGUGCGCAUUGUCAUCCAAGCCAGGUCCACCCCUGCUCCGUAUGUUGGCUGUGCAUCACGGUUUCCAUUAUAACCAAGUUUCUCAUUUUCUCACCUUUAUUUUCCUGAGAAUGUGGAUUCACAGACAUAUUUGACAUCCUGACAAGCUGUUAAGGAAGCAAGAUAUACUUCCUUUAUCUGCAAAACAAAUGCUAAUAGAAACUUUCUUACAAAGUUUGGCAAAAGGAUGUUAACAUAAAAAGUUGUAUGGACCUCAGAAAAAUCAUUUAAACUUUCCAGAUCUCUGUGCCAUAAUUUGUAAUGUGAAGGACAUCGAACAAAAUGAUUUCUAAGGUCCCUUUUUGCUCUUCAAAUUCUCUGACUCUAAAGCAAGUGUUAGGUUGCUUCUUAGAAACAUAUCUGUACAUGUGUUUGUUAAGCAUAAUGAACUAGCUAGAACAUAUAAACAAUUUAACCUUAGUGUCAUCCUUCAGUUUAAUCAUGGACAUAGGGUUUAGAAACUAUGUUUUAAAAACAGAAACAGAUUUAUGGGUAAUAGGAAAAAUCAUAUGACAUGUAUAGUUUACAUAUUAUAAUUGGUUAAAUUUUCUUUGCAUGCAUUUCAAAAUCUGGGUAUACAAGUAAUCUAUGAGAAGUGAUGGUUAUGGACUACAAAGACAUGUUCUUUAGCAUAUUGCAUAUAUUCAUAUUAUGUAGCACUUUAUAUUUACAGAAGGUUUAUAAAAAUCAAAUAAACUAUCAGUUACAUAGAA